ACCUGGCCUGCCUUUCUCAGGGUUAGUAGAGUGAGAAUAAAUGGCAGCCGAUCGCGAAGGGGCCGAGGCCACGUGAUCGCGCCACGAAAGCCACUUGUGGGGGCCUCCGGAGAGCCAGCACCGAGGCCGACCGGCCGGGGCGGGCUGCGCGCGGCGGCCCGCGAGCUUUCCCGCCGCGCCCGCGUCCCCGGCAGCGGGCGGACUCGAGGGCGCUCGGGAGGCGGCGGGCGGCGCGAGCGGCGCCUCGGGGCCGGUGAAUCAUCCCGAGGCAGACACGGGGAGUCGCGGCAGCAGAGAGCAGCGCUGGAAAAUGGCUGAAGCGGCCACGGGCUUUCUGGAGCUGCUCAAGUCCUGCAUAGUUUGGUCUUGGACUUAUCUGUGGACCGUGUGGUUCUUCCUCGUACUCUUCUUGGUCUACGUCCUGCGGGUGCCCUUGAAAAUCAACGACAAUCUGAGCACAGUGAGUAUGUUUUUGAAUACGUUAACACCAAAGUUCUACGUGGCCCUGACAGGCACUUCCUCACUAAUAUCCGGGCUUAUUUUGAUAUUUGAAUGGUGGUAUUUUCGCAAGUAUGGAACAUCUUUCAUUGAACAAGUCUCAGUAAGCCACUUGCGCCCCCUUCUGGGAGGGGUUGACAAUAACUCUUCCAACAAUUCUAACUCCAGUAAUGGGGACUCGGAUUCCAAUAGGCAAAGUGUCUCAGAAUGCAAAGUAUGGCGUAAUCCACUAAAUUUAUUCAGAGGUGCUGAAUAUAAUCGGUAUACAUGGGUGACAGGACGAGAGCCAUUGACUUACUAUGACAUGAAUCUCUCUGCUCAGGAUCACCAAACAUUCUUUACGUGUGACUCAGACCAUCUACGUCCUGCAGAUGCAAUAAUGCAGAAAGCCUGGAGAGAGAGAAACCCCCAAGCUAGAAUUUCUGCAGCCCAUGAAGCCUUGGAGAUAAAUGAAAUUAGGUCCAGAGUUGAAGUUCCCCUAAUUGCUUCCUCUACCAUCUGGGAGAUAAAAUUGUUACCAAAGUGUGCAACUGCUUAUAUUCUCUUGGCUGAAGAGGAAGCAACAACCAUUGCUGAAGCAGAAAAGCUGUUUAAGCAGGCCCUGAAAGCUGGAGAUGGCUGUUACCGGCGUUCUCAACAGCUACAACACCAUGGAUCCCAAUAUGAAGCUCAACAUAGACGAGAUACCAAUGUCUUGGUCUACAUAAAAAGAAGGCUAGCAAUGUGUGCCAGAAGACUCGGGAGAACCAGGGAAGCAGUGAAAAUGAUGAGAGAUUUAAUGAAGGAAUUUCCUCUGCUGAGCAUGUUCAACAUCCAUGAAAACCUUUUAGAAGCUCUUCUGGAACUACAAGCAUAUGCUGAUGUUCAGGCAGUCUUAGCAAAGUAUGAUGACAUAAGCUUACCAAAGUCGGCAACAAUAUGCUACACAGCCGCCUUGCUCAAAGCAAGAGCUGUCUCUGACAAAUUCUCUCCAGAGGCUGCAUCUCGACGGGGGCUGAGCACAGCAGAGAUGAAUGCAGUCGAGGCCAUUCAUAGAGCUGUGGAAUUCAAUCCUCAUGUGCCAAAAUACCUACUAGAAAUGAAAAGCUUAAUCCUACCCCCAGAACACAUCUUGAAGAGAGGAGACAGUGAAGCAAUAGCAUAUGCAUUCUUCCAUCUUGCGCACUGGAAGAGAGUAGAAGGGGCUUUGAAUCUUUUGCAUUGUACGUGGGAAGGCACUUUUCGGAUGAUCCCUUAUCCCUUGGAAAAGGGGCAUCUAUUUUAUCCAUAUCCAAUCUGUACAGAAACAGCAGACCGAGAACUGCUUCCCUCUUUCCAUGAAGUCUCAGUUUACCCAAAGAAGGAGCUCCCUUUCUUUAUCCUCUUUACUGCUGGAUUGUGUUCUUUCACAGCCAUGCUGGCCCUCCUGACACAUCAGUUCCCAGAACUUAUGGGGGUCUUUGCAAAAGCUAUGAUUGACAUUUUCUGCUCGGCAGAGUUCAGGGACUGGAAUUGCGAGAGUAUUUUCAUGUGUGUUGAAGAUGAACUGGAAAUCCCACCGGCACCUCAGUCUCAACAUUUUCACAACUGAACUCAUCACCCUUCUUCUCCCAUCACCCAUACCGUACCUCCCCUUGUGCUCCUGACCUCUACAGUGGGCCUGCAUUCCCCCAGUUAGGCCACAAACUGGGAAGUACAUAGUCUGUUCCUUGUCUCCAUCUCUGCUUGGCCUUCACACUCUGUGGUCCUAACCAUUUAUCACCCAGGUACUCUAUAAACCUAAUUCACUUUCCUUCCUGUCAUUCUCUCUUAGGUUAUGUUCUUAUUAUUUCUUCCUUGGAAUCAUGUAAAUUGUCUUCGCUAGUCUCCUUGCUUCCAGUCUGAUCUUCUGUCAGGCUUUCUGUCAUACUGACACAUGAUCUUUCUAAACAGACAAUGUAAGCAUGUUACUUUCCUGCUUGAGAGUUUCUUCAAUGAUUAUCCAUCUACUUUCGAAUAAAGUUCCAGCAUAAUGUUCAGGGCUUGUUGUCAUCCAGCAUUUGCUUACUGGCUCAGCUAUGCUUUUCCAACUCUUGCACAGACCCUGCUCUUCAACCAUAAUGAAUUACUCACCAUGUCCAGAUGCAGGCUCUUCCUCAACUCUCUGCCUUUGCACGUGCUAUUUGCUGUGCAUAGGUGGUCCUUCACCAUUGCCACCCCACUUAUUCACCCUACAAAUGUGUCUUCAUUCUUUCAUACUUAGCUUUUCUUAAGUCUCACCUAAGCUGAGUGAGGUAUCUCCCCUCCAUGAUCAUGCAGAGUUCCAUGAAUGUCUACAUGAUCAUAUUUACUGUCCUAUAUGAUUGUUGGAGAGUUAUCUGCCCUUCCCCUUUAGAAUGUGCGCUCUUUGAGAGCAGGACUGUGGCUUCCUCAUCUUUGUAUCCCCAAAGUUUUGCAGUGUCUUGCACAUAGUAGCUUUUCAAUAAAUGAUUAUUAAAUGAA